CUUGCACGAUCUUGACUCUAAACCAUAAAAUUGGUUAUCAAAUGUCCAUGUCCGAUAUAGAUGAACCCGAAACGCUAACGUUUAAAGAAAAGCAAUCUAGUAUCAAAUUGUGCCACGAUCUUUACCUCUCACAUUUCGUCAAUUUCACUCAAAUCGACUCACCAUCCUUACUGAACGUUGAUACAAUUGAGAAGCCAGUGGAUGCGCUACCUACAACUUUUUUAAUUCCCCGUUUUAAUUCAAAAUAUUUUUUUAAAGAAGGCCUUUUAUUUGAAACAUUGUCAACCAGAUUGCUUUUACGUAGGAAUCAUCACAAAACCUGGCUAUCAAAACAUUUUUAUUCUUUACCUAGAUCCAUGCUAGCAUUGGAUGCAAGUCAGCCGUGGCUCAUCUUUUGGAUCGUUCAUAGUUUUAUAUUACUUGGCUCUGACAACUUGGAGGAUGCUGUAGAUGAGGAAUUUAAACGAUUUCAAGCCAAAAUACCCCAAUUUCUCAAAACAAUGUUGUGCGGGUUGGGCGGUUUUAGUGGAGGCGCAGGCCAAUUACCUCAUCUUGCGACCACCUAUGCCUGCUUAGCAAGUUUGGUGGACUCAAGAAAUUUUGAUAUGCUGCUUAGUCUAAACAAACAGACAUUCACGUGCUGGUUGAAAUCGUUAAGGGAUCCUGUGACUGGAGGAUUUUUUGUUCAUGAAGGUGGAGAACUUGAUAUAAGAGGAACUUAUUGUGCUAUAGCUAUAGCGACCAUACUUGAUUUGGAUAAAGAGGCUCUGUUUGAAGAUAUUGAAUUUUAUAUUAAAAGUUUGCAGUCCUACGAUGGGGGAAUUGCGGGAUUUUUUGAAGAAGAAUCGCAUGCUGGAUAUACCUAUUGUGGCUUAGCUGCAUUAGCUCUGUUACAAAAAGCUCAUUAUUUAGACUUAAAUGCCUUACUAUUUUGGGUGGUUCAAAGGCAAAGUAGUGAAACCGGAGGCUUCCAAGGUCGAUGUAAUAAAUUACAUGAUAGUUGUUAUAGUUUUUGGUGUACUGCCACCAUUCAAAUUUUAAGUCAAUUAAAAAUGGAAAUACCGUCUCUUUACCAGCCGUGUAUAUUCAAUACAAAAUCAUUACAAAUGUAUAUUCUUGGAUGUUGUCAAGAAGGAUUUAAAGAAAAUAUGCUCAUUUAUAAAGGGGGUUUGAAGGAUAAGCCUCAAGCCACGCCAGAUUUAUACCAUACAUGCUACGCUUUAAGUGGUCUUUCCAUUUUACAGGUAAUGAGUCCAGAAGAUUUAUUUAAUGGACCUCCUUUAAAACAUUCCAUUCAUCGCUUACAAGAGACAAAUCCUUUGUUAAAUAUUACAACGGCAUCUUGGAACCAAUGGAUUAGUCAACGCAAUAGAAAAAUUUUGUUAGCGCCAGUAGUACACGACUGACCUAUUUUCGAAAUUGCCUACACUCUCACAAUCCGCUGUAUCAUUCUAUUAACAAGUACAGAUAACUUUAUCUUAUUCAAGACAGCAAGACACCUUCAUAGUUUAUUAAGUUUCCAAAGACUAUGUGUUUUAUAAAAAAAUUCACAAGAACACUUUUAAAAAGCCAAAGUCUUGAAAAACAAAUAUUCUUAACUAAAAUAAUUACU